AGUGUCCUUUUAAGGAGCCGAUUUCCUUUUCUCUGCCCCGUUUUUUACUUCUCUAAUGGAAAAGACAUCUCGUCUCGAUCGGGGCUGAACAUAAAGCUCCAGGGAGACUGGUGCCUGAACCAACCACAAAGUCAUCUUCAUCCGUACCACAGUCGGGACGUCAGAGGAGCUUCCUAAAGAGCAGAAUGGCAGCACAGGUGAAGGGAGCUUCGACCAUGGCAAACAAGGGUCCGUCUUAUGGGAUGAGCCGCCAAGUGCAGGAUAAAAUCGAGCAGAAGUACGACCCGGAGCUGGAGGUGCGUCUGGUGGAGUGGAUCGUGACUCAGUGCGGGUCUGGAGUCGGAAAACCAGAGGCCGGGAAACUGGGCUUCCAGAUCUGGCUCAAAGACGGAUGUGUUCUGUGCGAGCUCAUCAACACUCUGUGCAAGGACAAGCCUGUGAAGAAGAUCCAGAGCUCCAGCAUGGCCUUCAAACAGAUGGAGCAGGUCUCACAGUUCCUCAACGCUGCGGAGCAGUACGGCGUCGUCAAAACAGACAUGUUUCAGACCGUAGACCUGUGGGAGGGGAAGGACCUGGCCGCGGUGCAGAGGACACUCAUGGCUCUGGGCAGCAUCGCCGUUACGAAAGACGACGGCUGCUUCCGCGGAGAUCCCAACUGGUUCUUCAAGAAAGCUCAGGAGAACCGGAGAGAUUUCUCUGAUGACCAGAUGAAAGAAGGGAAGAACGUCAUCGGCCUGCAGAUGGGAUCCAAUAAAGGGGCGUCCCAGGCCGGCAUGACAGGCUACGGCAGACCUCGACAGAUCAUGAACCCCUGAGCCCGUCCCAGCGGACCAGAACCCAGAACUAAAACGAGCGUCCACCCCCAGAGUCAGGCCCUGCUUCUAGAACGUGUUUGGUCUAAUUAAAUUCUUCUUUGCUAAACGGA